AUGUGUGAUUUUUACAGUGAGAGAGAGAGAGAACACAGCACAAAUCAAAAGCCCUAAACUCUGUUGUUGUUCCUAGAGACGACGACGACGACGACUGAGGCAGAGUUGAGAUCAUACAAGAACAAGCAUUUUGCAACUCAUGGAUCCCAUGGAGUCUUCUAGUGAACAGGACACUGUUGAAGAGAAUCAGAAGCUGGUUGACUCAUUGGACAAGCUUCGUGUUAGUGCGGGGAGUUCAUCCUCUAAUUUCAAGAAGAAGCCUGUCAUUAUCAUUGUUGUUGGAAUGGCAGGUAGUGGAAAAACAAGCUUCCUUCAUCGUUUGGUCUGCCAUACCUUUGAUUCAAAGAGCCGUGGCUAUGUGGUGAACCUUGAUCCUGCUGUUAUGUGUCUACCAUUUGGUGCCAACAUCGAUAUUAGAGACACUGUCAAGUACAAGGAAGUUAUGAAGCAGUACAAUUUGGGGCCUAAUGGUGGGAUUCUCACUUCACUCAACUUGUUUGCUACAAAAUUCGACGAGGUCGUCUCUGUGAUUGAGAAACGUGCAGACCAGCUUGAUUAUGUCCUUGUUGAUACUCCUGGUCAGAUUGAAAUCUUUACAUGGUCUGCUUCUGGGGCUAUUAUCACUGAAGCUUUCGCUGUUGUCACCUAUGUUGUUGAUACUCCACGUUCCACAAGCCCAAUGACUUUUAUGAGUAACAUGCUCUAUGCUUGUAGCAUUCUCUACAAGACUCGGUUGCCUCUCAUCUUGGCUUUCAACAAAACCGAUGUUGCAGAUCACAAGUUUGCGGCUGAUCUUGACAAGAGAAUGUCGGAGAAGGAGCAUUUGGAAGAAGAACGAAAGAAACAUGAAAUGGAGAAACUAAGAAAGGAUAUGGAGAGUUCUCAGGGAGGGACUGUGGUUUUAAACACUGGUCUGAAAGACAAAGAUGCAGCAGAGAAGAUGAUGCUAGAAGAGUCUGAUGAGGACUUUCAAGUUGAAGAUGACAGUGAUGAUGCCAUAGAUGAGGAUGAUGAAGAUGAAGAGAUGCAUCGUUACUACCUAUGAAUAAAACUCAGAGACAUAAUCUUUCAGACUUUGUCAAUUCGCUUUAACUGGCUUUGUUUGCGUCGUUUCCUUGUUGUCCCAGUUGUGUAGUUGUACAAAACAUCCAAUGACUAAAACUUAUGUAAACUAGAACUUUUUUGAAGGCUUUUUGUAUACACAA